AUUGAAGCAUUCAACCCAACCCCACAUUCACACUCUCACACACACGCGCACACACUCUUCCCCACAUUACUCAAACCCAAGCCAUCAAAUUCCUCUUCCUCUACUCUCUCCUCCCACCCUUUUCUCUUCCUAAUGCCCUCAUAAACUCCCCACCACCACCCCCACCACCUCUCUCUCUCUCUCUCUCAACUAAAUGGCCACCAAUUCUCUCCAAUCCUUCCACCACCACAACCACACUUUCCUCAAACGCCAUAUCUCAGACACCAGUCCUCCUCUUAUCUUCCUUAAACCCCACACCACCACCACCACCACAAAUACUUCUCUCUCUCACACUUUCUCUAAUUCCUUCACCACCUUUUCUCUAUCCCCCACCACUUCCUUCACACCCUCCACUUCUCAAGCCAUCUCCUUUGACCUCCUCCAACAACACCUCUCCACCAAAAACUUCAAACAAGCUGACGAAGAAACCAGGCGUCUCCUCAUUGUCCUGGCUGGUGAGGCUGCACAAAAGCGUGGCUAUGUGUUCUUCUCUGAGGCCCAAUUCAUCCCAGAACCAGACCUUAAAACCAUUGAUGAACUUUGGAGACAACACAGCAACAACAAGUUUGGAUACAGUGUUCAGAAGAGAAUCUAUGAGAAAGCUGACAGAGACUUCACCAAGUUCUUCGUCAAGGUUGGGUGGAUGAAAAAGCUUGACACUGAGGUUGAGCAAUAUAACUACAGGGCUUUUCCUACGGAGUUCAUUUGGGAGCUCAAUGAUGAUACCCCAGAAGGUCAUUUGCCAUUAACUAAUGCUUUGAGAGGAACACAAUUGCUUAACAGCAUUCUAACUCAUCCGGCUUUUGAGACCAUGGAAGAAGAAGAUAAAGAACAAGAAGGUAAGGUUUUUGAAGAAAGUAGUAGCAAUAAUGGGGGAUUGAAGGGGUUAAGGGAUGCCUCAAAACCUUUGAGCAACGGGGUUUUCAAACCAGACUACAGCUUUUGAGAGUAUGAGAAUUCUACAAUGUGUGCAUAGCCACUAAUACCCCAGAAAUUACCAUUAAUUUGGGUUUUUAUAUUUGUAAUGAAAGUGGUUGAUUGAAUCAUUGCUUAGUACUUUAUCUUUUCUAAUAGUAUUUCCUUUGUUUU